UGUGAUAUCGUUGUAAUAUUUAGUCGUGCGUAUCGGACUAAAUAUUUUAGUUGGAUAAAACAUAAUUCGCAUUUUUCAACAAAUUUUUUUUCUCAGUGUAGUAUUGCUUUUUAUGUAUAAUAGCACGUCAAGAGAAUAAUUUGUAACUUAAAUGACUUAAAAUAAUAUUAAAAAUAAAUGUGUAUUUUUCAAUUUUUACGAUAACAGUAGUAUACAAUGUGACAAAUAUACUCAGAAUAUUUUAAAUUUAAUACUUACGUUAUUAUAAAACAUUUCUAAUUUCUUAAAUAUGUAUUUUCUCUUAUGUUUAUAGCACCUAAUUAGUUGCAAUGGAUUCAAACCCUGCAGCAGAUUUAAAUCUGUUAAACAAAAGUACUUCAAACGUAGAUGUUUGUAGUAAAAAAUCAGUAUCUGCUGAAAGAACGUGUGCCGAAAAUAAUACGGCAGAGUGGUCUAUUGUUUAUUUUGAAAGUGACAAAGAAGAAAAUAUUGAAGGUUUUAAUGAUCUCAUUCCAUCUUCAUGGAUUACAGCAAAGGGGGCAUUAAGUUGGUACCCAAUGAAUGAACACCGAGGAACAAUUAAAAAAUUGGUGAAACAGUGUGGAAAACCAAAUUUAGAGUGGAAUUGUUAUUCUAUCAAGAAAAUAGAAGAAAGCAUUGAAAAUUUUGAUCGGGGAAUGAAAGUGCUGGUCAAAAUUGCAAAAAAUCCCAAUGCCACACUAUAUUCAGAUCUUGAAGAAAAAGGGAAAGGGAAACGGAAAAAAAGACCAACAAAAUAUUUCGACAAAGAUGAUUCCGACAAAGACCAUUUUGACAAAGAAAAUAAUCAUGAAAAAAGACAAAAGAAACAGUCAACGGUGCCACCAUUUCCAAAAUUGAAUAUCACCAAAUCGGUGCCGGUUAAUCAGUCAUUGUAUGAUAAAGGAACAAAACGCUUCAACAUGGACAAAGUUCCAUCGUCUCUGGAUAAUAAUGAACAGCAGUCAAGUAUUAUUUCACACCAUAACAUUUCUUUUCGUGAAAUAUCAAGGGGCCAACAUGAUAUGAAAUAUAAGGAAAUAAAAUCCCUACAAGAGAGUUCUGUUUCCACAGACACACGCAAAUUAAAGCCUACAAUUUUACUUGAAAACGGAUUAAAAUCGUUAACUGUAGAAUGA